GCUGGGAAAAGGGGUAUUUCCCCUGCGGAGGACCAGGAAUCUGCCCCCAAGCCUGCGCGCGCGACCCGCCGGUGCGCCGCGGCCCGCGGGCAAUCCUUCAUACAGAGACUGUGUCUGACUUCAAAUCUUCCCUUAUUUUACUCUAUUCAAUUGAUUUAGCAGGGUUUCAAGAGAAGCAUUUGUAAGUUUCCAGGAUGAUGCCCAACCAACUGAGCCACCCCAGCCAGGGCCUUCUGAGCAGUUUUGCAUUUGCUUCUUCAAGAUGCCCCACAGGCACCACCAGCACCUCUGAUUCCACCAGAAAAUUAACAGGACUAAUUUUCUUGUUAAUUUUUAGCCUUGAGGUUUCCCACACAAAGCAGAAUGGAGAUCUCCUCUCAUCAGUCUCAGCUCUUGCAACAACUAAAUGAGCAGCGCCGGCAAGAUGUGUUCUGUGAUUGCAGCAUCCUAGUUGAAGGGAAAGUCUUCAAAGCGCAUCGAAAUGUAUUAUUUGCUAGUAGUGGUUACUUUAAAAUGCUUCUUUCUCAGAAUUCAAAGGAGACAAGUCAGCCGACCACAGCUACAUUUCAGGCUUUCUCCCCUGACACUUUCACAGUUAUCCUGGACUUCGUCUAUUCCGGCAAACUCUCUCUUACUGGUCAGAAUGUCAUAGAAGUGAUGUCAGCUGCUAGCUUCCUUCAGAUGACUGAUGUUAUUAGUGUAUGUAAGACCUUUAUUAAAUCUUCAUUAGACAUUAGUGAGAAAGAAAAAGAUCGCUAUUUCAGUCUCUCUGACAAAGAUGCCAGUUCUAAUGGUAUAGAACGCUCCUCUUUUUAUAGCAGUGGCUGGCAAGAAGAAAGCAGUUCUCCACAUCCUCACCUAAGCCCAGACCAAGGAACAGGUGUAAUAAGUGGAAAAUCUUGGAAUAAGUAUAAUUACCAUCCGGUUACCCAAAGGAAUACUCAGCAACCCUUGGCCAAGCAUGAACAAAGGAAAGAUUCCAUUAAAAAGUCCAAACACUUGAGGUUGUCACAGCCUUCUGAAAUUGCUCAUUGUAAGUCAAGCAAGCGAGAAGCACGAACGUCUGAGUCUUCCAGCCACGCUUCCCAGUCUGAAGAACAAGCACAAAUCGAUGCUGAAAUGGACUCUACUGUUGGCUUUCAGUAUGGUCAAGGCUCUGAUGUUACGUCAAGAAGUUUUCCAGACGAUCUGCCCAGGAUGAGGUUCAAGUGCCCAUACUGCACACAUGUGGUGAAACGGAAAGCAGACCUAAAGCGUCACCUUCGUUGUCACACAGGAGAACGGCCCUAUCCAUGUCAAGCUUGUGGAAAAAGAUUUAGCAGGCUAGACCACCUAAGUAGCCAUUUUCGAACAAUUCACCAGGCGUGCAAACUAAUCUGCAGAAAAUGCAAACGCCAUGUGACUGAUCUAACAGGUCAAGUGGUACAGGAAGGAACCAGGCGCUACAGACUCUGUAAUGAGUGCCUUGCUGAAGUUGGCAUAGACAGCCUCCCCAUUGAUUUGGAAGCUGAACAGCAUCUUAUGUCCCCAUCAGAUGGAGAUAAGGAUUCCAGAUGGCACUUGAGUGAAGAUGAGAAUAGAUCAUAUGUGGAGAUUGUAGAGGAUGGGUCUGCUGAUCUGGUCAUACAACAGGUUGAUGAUAGUGAAGAAGAAGAAGAAAAGGAAAUAAAGCCCAACAUUAGGUAGCUCUAAUGUGAACCAACAGAGCUGGCAUGUCUGCAACUUACAUUGACCACGUGUAUCUCUCUCUCUCUUUUCCAUGAUCAGAGACUGGUUAACAAAUUAUCAGACUGACUUAUAAGUAAUCACCUGAUAUAACUUGCAUGCUUUCCAAACAGGCCAUUGUAUCCACUCUGAACUUUGUUGCCCUAAAAUAUGUUGCUGCAGUGGAAAGAAAGACCUAGCUUGAAUUGGCAUUAUAGAUGGACAAUUAAUCCUCUUCAUUUUAUUACAGAGAUACCUUUUUUCUUUUAGUAUAGGAAGAUCUACUUUGCAAACAUUUUUCAAAGAAAAUAUUUUAAAUAAAUUUAUCACAACCAAACUUUAUGUAAGAUAAUUUCAAGGUGUUUCAAAAACACAUAUUGAAUUUUCAUAGGGAACCAGGUAAGAGCACAUUUAAGAGUCAGACAUCCAUCCUGACUGAACUAAUAACACAUUCUAUUAGCUCAAGGUCCACAGCAGCCUAUGAUUUUCAUAAAGCAGGAAACUAAUACUGCCUAAAAGUCAAGGCCAUUUGUGAAGAUGUGUCAAUAUAGUUCUCUUCCUCUCUAAGGAAAAAGAAAAAAACAAAACAAGAAAACUGGAGGUUCUUACCAGUUCUUUAGAGCAAUUUUUAACAUUUAUGAACUGCUUGCUAUAUUAUUUAUAUAGAGAAAUAUUAUUGUCUCUGAUUUACAAAUGAAGAUAUUAAAGUCAGAAAGUUUAAGUGGUGGGACUGGUGUCUGAACAGGUUUUGAUUCAAACAGUCCUGUUUCAGCCUUUUCUCCUUAUAUUGUCCCCUGAAAUGGCAAAGAACUGAAGUCACACUUUACCAAUCUGCAGUAAUUAUCAAAGAAGCCUAUCAGAAUUAGAAAGUGUGAAAACGGAGGAAGUUAAUCAUCUUCAACGACGUAUAAUGUUUUGAACUAGAGUUAUUCAAAUAGUGCUAAGUAAUGUUCCUAAGGUAUCUAUUGACAUGUUUUUUAUGUCAUUAUUUAUAUGUAAACUUUAUAUAUAAAACUACUUGAACAAGUUAUUCUCUUAAAUGCUUUCAGCAUUUUUUUGCUUAUCUUGUAUAUGUAAUUUUUCAGAAUAAACUUUUCUCCUAGGAUACAAAGUUAAGUUUAAACUCUUACCUGUUUGAAUUAUGAAACAUUCCAAACUUACGGUUAAUUUGAAGAAGGAUUAUUUUAGUCCUAAAGAUGAAAUCUGUAUACCAGAAGUGAAGAACUGACCUCCAUAAAGGUCUCUGCAGGUUAUCACAAUACAGCUUGAUAUAACUGAAUUUAGAUAGAGGCUCCAUAUAUUAUACUGUAUUUUUAAAUACAGCCUGACAUACCUCAAGAUGAUACUUUUUAUAUUAUCAUUUUCUUAUACUCUUUAAUUAAUGAUCAUCUUUGAUCCCAAUUUGUGGGCUAAAAUGGUUAAUUUCUUAAAAAAAUUUUUUAUAAAUAGAUGAAUAACCACUUUGUUUUAUGGUACUUAAUUCUAGACUUUUUCAAGAUUCCUCUGAUGGUAAAUUUCCAGUUGCUUCCAGACUAGAUGGUGUGCAUUGAGUUCAUCGUUCUCCAUAUAUAACUGUUCCUGAAUCAGGAGUCUUAACAAUUAAGUUGUAUCCCAAUGAGGGAGGAAACAGUUGUGAUGUCACUCUCUAGUCUCACCAGAUGGAAACAUCUUUCAAAAUUCUAAUCUGAUUUUCAGUCAUUGGAGCCAAUAGGAAAACUUACUGAUUUGAGCUUUAUUCAUAGAAAUGAAGUAGUGCUUGCAUGUGUAUACUCUUAACGCACUUUAUGACCUAAAUGUUCUUUUAUGCUAUUAUCUUCUGCAUGCAAACUUUACCAUACAGCAGCAUGAAUGUCAGCAAAGUCCACUGAACACAGUGCCACCAGCACUUGUAGAGCCUUAUCAGAAAUAAUGCUUUCUCAUAAUUGUUUAUAACAAGCAUUAAGCAAUCCCCACAGAACAGCUAUCAAGUUCACCAAACUAGAC